CAGAUCCUUCGGUGAAAAACAACCUUGCGCGUGCAUCUUCCUCCCUAUGCCGUCUACGCCUUUCAUACCAAAGGUGAAAUAGCAGGAGUACUAGAAGGACAGAUCAGUACGAUCUACUCUACAUUUCCUUGAAACUUGUCUUCGUCUGGCUGACAGUUACAUGGGUUUUUUUGCGUUAUUUCGAUCAAUGUCGACGGAUGAUUUAUUUAAGGAAGGUGAGAGGUUUGUGUCAUUUAUUUGGGUAAAUCUGGGUUUGGAAAAUACCAAACAAUAUCGACUAACAGCCUGGCACUAGAGAAUUAUUUGUAUGUUCAUAUUUAUUCAGGAAGUCUAAAAGUCGUUACUCUUGUUAUAUCAUAUCCAGAAACUCCUAACGCUGAAGGUCGCAAAGUACUGUGGACUAAAAGACCUGUGGUGCUAGAAGCAACCGUUGAAGCUGCAAGCGUGUUGCUUCAUUUGGCAGGACCUCCUUCUUUCGCUUUAAUACUUUACUCUGUUUUGUGUGACUGUCAUAAUUUAGAUUAGUAAAUAUUGCAAGAUAGUGCAAUAUUUUUCCACUUUUCAUAAUACAAUAAGCGUCAGUCGAAACAGGACUCAUCAGACUGUACUUUUUUAUCAGCCUAAUUUUAUUCCAGACAACUAUACCACUCAUCGUCUGAACUUUAGAAAUAUUGUCAUUCAUUAUUGUUUUAAUCGUGUAAAUAAUCGUGAUCAAUACUGGACGGCCAGAUGAUACGGAUCACAUCAAGACCUUAAUGUGGGACCCGAACUUUAUUUCAGGGGUAGUCAUUCCUGUCUUUUUGAGACUGUGUUGGAUUUAGGAGCCACAAGGGUGCCAUCGACGGAACGGAAAAAGGGUGUUUUCAAGGGUCAGUCUUUCCACCAAAAUCUAUGAUCAGCUCAGUGUGUGUUUCGUCUUACCGUGGGCGCAAGUCUGGCAACAAACCUCCGUCUAAAACAUGUCUGAAGGAAGAUAUGGCCAGGGGGGAAGACUCGGACAAGAUUGUCAUCAACGUCGGUGGCACGCGACACGAAACCUACAAGAGCACCCUUAGAACCCUGCCGGGUACCCGCUUGGCCUGGUUAGCCGACCCCGAAUCCCAGGUGAACUCGGAUGUGGACACGGGCCAGACCUCUACGAACGAGUUUUUCUUCGAUCGUCACCCGGGCAUUUUCGCCUAUGUAUUGAAUUACUACAGGACUGGCAAGCUCCAUUGCCCGGCCGAUGUUUGCGGGCCCCUUUUUGAGGAGGAGCUGGCUUUCUGGGGGAUAGAUGAGACAGACGUGGAACCGUGCUGCUGGAUGACGUAUCGCCAGCACAGGGAUGCAGAAGAGGCCCUUGAUAUAUUCGAACCUCCGGAUCCGGACGAGGCGGACGAGGACAGGGAAUUGCCAAGGCGCUUUGGCAUCGAGGACUGCCCGGAUAGGUCGCGGGGCUGCUGCGAAGUCUGGCAACCUAAGAUAUGGGCACUUUUUGAGGACCCAUAUUCAUCCAGGGCUGCCAGGGUCAUUGCCUUUGUUUCCCUCUUCUUCAUCUUGGUGUCCAUCACCAACUUCUGCCUGGAGACACAUGAGGCCUUCAACGAACUGGAGAACCGCACCACGGAGGUAACGGUGGGAAACGUCACCAGACUGGUGCCGGUGCUGGAGUCCGUGCCGAACCCGGCACUGAACAUGGUGGAGGGCGUGUGCGUGGUGUGGUUCACCUUUGAGUUCCUGGUGCGCGUCAUCUGCUGCCCAGACAAGCUGCUGUUUGUGAAAAACAUGCUGAACAUCAUCGACUUUGUGGCCAUCCUGCCCUUCUACCUGGAGAUGGGGCUGAAGGAGCUCUCCUCCAAGGCGGCCACCGACGUGCUGGGCUUCCUGCGCGUGGUGCGCUUCGUCCGCAUCCUGCGGAUCUUCAAGCUGACGCGGCACUUCGUGGGGCUGCGCGUGCUGGGCCACACCCUGCGCGCCAGCGUCAACGAGUUCUGCCUGCUCAUCAUCUUCCUGGCGCUGGGCGUGCUCAUCUUCGCCACCAUGAUCUACUACGCCGAGCGCAUCGGCGCCGACCCCGCCGACCCCAGCGGCAGCAGCCACACCCACUUCAAGAACAUCCCCAUCAGCUUCUGGUGGGCGGUGGUGACCAUGACGACGCUGGGGUACGGGGACAUGUACCCCCAGACCUGGCUUGGCAUGAUGGUGGGCGCCCUGUGUGCGCUGGCGGGGGUGCUGACUAUCGCCAUGCCUGUGCCCGUCAUCGUCAACAACUUCGGAAUGUACUACUCGCUGGCCAUGGCCAAGCAGAAGCUGCCCAAGAAGAGGAAGAAACACAACCCCAACCCCGACGGCCCGCUCAACUCACCUUCCUUUGCGAAGUCCACCAGCAACUCGCCACGGGACAGCACCCAGAGUGACACCUGCCCGCUGGCCGGCGAGGACAGCAAGGGGAGGAGCCGCUCAGACUCCAAGCAGAAUGGUGACGCCGGGGCGGUGCUGUCAGAGGAGGAGGGGUGCAGCCUGACUCAGCCCCUGUCCCCCAGCGAGAGGUGGUCCCUGCGACGCUCACGGGCCAACGAUAAGACCAAGAAGGAGGCCACCUGCCUCCUGCUGACCUCUGGUGACUUCUCCUGCACUACUGAUGCCACCAUCCGUGCAGAAAGCUGCAAAGAUGCCCUCGCUGCAGCAGCUAAUUACACUCAAGCAGAAGUGACCACUCUGACUUGAAGGCAAUUGGUCACUGUAGGGCAAGUGGGUGUGUCCCAUGGGGCAGGACUGGAGGGGAGUGUGGGUGGAGUUUCAUCUUUACCCCGCCCUCCUUCUCAUGCAGAAGUAAAGGGUGGAUCCUCUCCUCUGAAAAGGGAAUUUGGACAUUCUUACAGUCUCUGUGGUGUAUACUCAGCAGGCCUGCAGAAGACAUCCUCAUGUACACAUCUGUCUGUUCUAAUACAUUCUGCAUGUCUUGCAUGAUAUAGCACUGUUACAGUAUGUACCUUGAGAAGAAUAACAAACUUCAUCAGUGGACUUCUUGUUUAGGCAACAUCUAACUUGGGUGUGUCCUAGCUGAGGUAGCUCUUUUAACAUUGGUAACGUAGUUGUUCACAUUCUCUCAUGAGUUGACGUUACUCUGCAAUAUUUUUUUUUUAAUUGAGACUUGCUGCAAGAAAUGACUGCCACACAUUUGUGAACAAUGAUGUUUUUCAGCUGUGCAAUAUCCAGUCAACUGGUGAUUCAUUGUCCUGUUUUUAUCUGAGAAAAACACAAAAAUGUGAUGGUGGUGUUUUAGUUCACAAAGGCCUUUGAUCCAUAAGAUGUGCUAAAUGUUAAUUAGAAUGCAACAGAAAUUUGUGUUUAAUAUUGCAGUGUAAAAUUGUGACUGUGAGCUAGAGUCAGAUCUCUGAACCAUUGUUUCAACUUGACUCCCACUAAAAAAAAAAAUCCAGGUGUGGUUUUUGUUUGAAUUAAAACAUAACAGUAAAAAUAGGUUUGUCUCUUCAGUGAUGCCCAUAGUGUUGAAGACCGCUCUGAGAGUAGUGGUGCAGACAGCUCUCAAACUGCAUUGCGCUACUGCCUUGAGUCGUCCAAUGAUAAACAAAAUGUCUACAAAAGCUUCCACCAAAUAUUAUUUUGAAGAGACAUUUUAAUUCCAUCACUAUAAAACACAUAACAUUACUGGUUGAAAGGGGACCAAACAAGAGGGCCAUCUUUUAAUGCUUUAUUGUUUUAGUAGAUUGAAAUCAUGAAGAACUCAUGGAAGCACACAAACUCUGUUCCAGUUGUGCCUACUGUGGAGUCAGUGAAUUUAUAGAAGGAGUUAUGGAGCAAGGUGAAUGGGAGAGUCUUGGACUGGGCUUUGGGCUUUGAAUCAGAAUAGCAGUGGAGAUCACCCUUGUUUUUAACAUGUUUCCUUGGGUGACAGUUUAAUAUUUUUACACACAUAUGUUGGAAAAUGGGAGCACAAGUGAUUGAAGACUUGAGUUCCACUUUUGAAGUCUAGUCUGCUGUGUUUAAAACCUUAGUUGCCUUACAGUACAUUUUAAUGAAUCAAUGUACUUGCUGUAGCUUUCUCUGAGUUUGUAUUUCAUCCCCAUUUUAAACUGUUUUCAUGCAGAUUUGUAUGUAAAUGAUAGCACAUUAUGUGUUACAGUAUGCUCAUCGAUCAUGAUAAACCAUUCUAAAACUUUUAUAACCUUAGCGGAAGUGCAUUAGCAUCUAAUCUACUGAUAAAUAUUCAGAUAUCCAAUAAAGAGAUUAUUUUGAUAAUAGUGCUGAUAUACCAACCUUCACUUUGUCAGUUUUACUGUUGUGUUUUAAUGAGAGACACGGACAUGCUUAGCGUCAGUGGGGAGGACAUUGCUAGGUGACAGUUGUAAUGAACUGGAGUUUCCAUAGGUGAGAGCACCCUCUCAGUGACAUGUGUGGUACAGUGACUGUUUUGGAUGAAAUUGUAUGACGCUGUCAGAUGUGUUGUGUCUAAAGCAGUACAGUCAAUGUCCUGUAGGCAUGGAUUUCUAUGCAGCUGAAGUACAAAUAAAAUG